UAAAUGAACUUUGCAUAAACUCUAAAGUCAACGUUUCUUUCUUUUUUUAAUAUUAUUUUAAAUAUUCUCAUUGACAGUCUCGUUCAGCAAGGUCUAGGACUAUGGAUAAGAUUGUUAAAGUUGUUAAAGGAGCCUCUAAGGGUGAUAAUGUGAAAAGAGAUGACGAUUGGGCUGAUCGUUUAAGCUCUAGAUAUACUGUAGCGAUAAUUGUAGCAUUUGCAAUUAUCGUAUCAGGCCAACAGUAUUUUAUUGGGAAACCCCUUAACUGUUGGGAGCCGAAACAUUUCACCGGAAGUCAUAAGAAGUAUAUGAAUUCUUAUUGCUGGGUUAAAAAUACUUAUUAUCUUCCAUUUGAUGAUUAUAUACCGAGAGAGCAUGAAAAUGAAAAAAGAAGAGUAUUACCCUAUUAUCAAUGGAUACCUUUUAUAUUGCUAGGACAGGCUUUGUUCUUCUAUAUACCAUCCUUCGUUUGGCAUGGAUUAAACGAUCGUGCCGGAGUGGAUUCGGAUGAUAUUCUCAAAACUGCUCACAAAAUUGCAGAUAUGAAAGAAAAGAAGAAACGAGAGGAGACCUUAACGUUCUUGUCUAAACAGAUACAUCGCUUCCUGACAGCUACAAGUGCCAGGAAAGGAGAAAAUAAUUCGACCUUGAACAAAAUCAAAUCUGCUGUGUGUUCCAGACGUUUUUCAGGCUAUCUCUUAAUGAUAUUCCUCUUUUCGAAAGUUUUAUACGCCGCAAAUGUAAUUAUUCAAUUACUCGUUUUAAAUAAAAUAUUAGGAACGAAGUAUGGAGCGUUUGGAAUCGAUUUCCUUAAAGGAAAAGAGCAUGCAGACCAUUGGAUGAGCUCAGCCAGUCAUACCUUUCCUACGGUUACUAUGUGCGACUUUUUCGUCAGGCGUUUGGGAAACGUCCAUCGCUAUUCUGUUCAAUGCGUACUCCCUAUUAAUAUGUAUAAUGAGAAAAUCUAUGUCUUUUUAUGGUUCUGGUUUAUGAUGGUUGCUGUUAUAACCGUGUUGAACUUUUUAACCUGGCUGAUAAGAUCUAUCUUACCGAGUGAUAAGUUACGCUACAUUAAAAAUCACUUGGCAACAGCCAGAUUUCAAGGAGAGCUCGCCGAUGAAAAGAUUAAAUAUUUUGUUACUAAAUAUCUGAGAAGCGACGGUAUCUUUUUGAUUCGUCUUAUCGGUCAUAAUUGUAAUUUUAUAACGACAAACGAUAUUACUGCCGCACUAUGGAAAGAACAUAUACAGAAUUUACCACCGGAAGAAAAAAGUAAUGGACAAGAUCAACUUAUAAAGGAUACAGAAGAUGUUUAG